ACCCCUUGCAGCGAAUCCCUCUCGCUCAAGCUGCCACCCAUCCCUGGGUCCUGCUCCAAUCUGCCCUGCCCUCCUCUCUCGCUUCUUCCUCUGCUCCAUGAGACCCUCCGGCCUCCCCCAUCCCUUCCUUCCUCCUGGUGGUUGUUCUCCUCUCCACCAAGCUCCGCUCUGCACCACCCUGCACUGGGCUGCGCCGCACUACACCGUGCUGUAA